AUGCUGAACUGUUCUAUUUGUGCAGACAAACACAAGAAGGCACACCAACAGAUUAGGGUUCUGAACCCACCUGCCUCACGGGGUCACUUGAAAUAGCUCAGAAAACCACUUUGUUGUUUUGUUCACAGUGGUUACAGAUAUGCACACUUCUGACUCAGCAAUCCUUCAAUCCAUUUCCCUGGUUUCUGUUCAGGGGAACUUAUUCCCUGCUGUCACGUUCCCUUGACAUUCAUCCAGACCAUAACAACACGCUGUUUACAUUACAGGUAGCAUCUUAAUUUUCUUUCUACCUUCAGACCAGAGUUAACUUGCUGCACUGGACAGUUGUCCAGUGUAAAUAUAUAGCAGAUUUUGGAAACGUUUAGAAAAUGAUAUCGCUCAACUCGUUGUCAGUUUGUGCCAAACAGAGGUUUCCAUCCUCUACCCUCACCCUGGGACGCGCAUGCCUCGUCGCAGGCCCCGUGGACGGGCGAUGCUUCCCCUUUAACGUGGAGCAGCGCGGACAGGAGCGCGCCGGGGUGGGAAGAGGCAGCGCGAAGGGACGGGGCGAGGCGCGCGCGGAGCUGUUAGUAUGCGCCGCGAUGCCCGGCCGCAGCCCACGCGUCUCAGCCGUGCUGAAUCGUGGUGAAUUGUGAAAGACGUGGGACCAGACGGCAGCUCCGGAAAAAAAAAAAAAAACAACUGUUGAGUCGUGAUGAGAUGACACAGCCGCCGGACAAACCCUAGUGGGGGAAACAAAAAAAGAAAAGAAAAAAAAAACAGGGAAGAGGGACAGACAUGACGGGAUGGACUCGCGACCUCGAGGCACGUUUUAAGAGGAGACCGAGAGACACGGGAGCCGGAGCUGCGGGUGAUGUAUGGCCGGCAGAGAGAAGCCAUACUUCGGACUAACUUCUGACCGGCGAACUUCCUCCUUGGCCCAGUUGUACGUUACCACUCUAGAGGACAGACUGUAAACAAGCCUGACCAGUGCCAGUGGAAAUAGCUCCUCACUGGCAGAUCUGCCCGCACCCGAACCCACAAGUGUGGGACGUCUUUCUCUCGUUGUGGCCCAACGUGGCCCCACCCAAUCUGAAAGCUGCAGGACCCAUCGCCUUCCAGCAUGACGGUUGCGACCAGCGACCCUGCGGAUGAAGCAGCAGCACAUUCGGGUCAGCCUCAUGACCAGUACGAUCUGGAGCCAGAUCAUGAGUGCUGCGAGAGGGUCGUCAUCAACAUCUCCGGCUUGCGUUUUGAGACGCAGCUCAAGACCCUUUCCCAAUUUCCAGAGACGCUACUGGGUGAUCCCAAAAAAAGGAUGAGGUAUUUUGAUCCUCUCCGGAACGAGUACUUUUUUGACCGGAAUCGACCGAGUUUUGAUGCUAUAUUGUAUUAUUACCAAUCAGGCGGGAGGCUGCGUCGUCCUGUAAAUGUGACCUUGGACAUCUUUUCUGAGGAGAUCCGGUUUUAUGAAUUGGGCGAGGAGGCUAUGGAAAUCUUCAGAGAGGAUGAAGGUUUCAUAAAGGAGGAGGAGCGGCCUCUGCCAGAGAAUGAAUUUCAAAGACAAGUGUGGCUGCUGUUUGAAUAUCCAGAGAGCUCAGGUCCUGCUCGCAUCAUUGCCAUAAUCUCCGUCAUGGUGAUUCUUAUCUCUAUCGUCAGCUUCUGCCUUGAGACGCUGCCAGUUUUCCGAAAUGAUGAUGAGGAGAUGUACAAAUAUUCGCCCCAUUCCAUGUAUAAUGCCACCUAUAUGCAUGACAGCUCUGCUUAUUUUACGGAUCCCUUCUUCAUUGUGGAAACCCUCUGCAUCAUCUGGUUCUCCUUUGAGUUCCUAGUGAGGUUCUUUGCCUGUCCCAGUAAAGCUGGAUUUUUUGGCAACAUCAUGAAUAUCAUUGACAUUGUGGCGAUCAUCCCGUACUUCAUCACGCUGGGCACAGAGCUAGCAGAGAGGCCAGAGGACGGCCAGGCGGGCCAGCAGGCUAUGUCUUUGGCUAUUCUCCGUGUGAUUCGUCUGGUGAGGGUGUUUCGUAUAUUCAAACUCUCACGUCACUCCAAGGGGCUCCAGAUCUUGGGACAGACUCUGAAGGCCAGUAUGCGUGAGCUUGGCCUCCUCAUCUUCUUCCUGUUUAUCGGUGUGAUCCUCUUCUCCAGUGCUGUCUACUUUGCAGAAGCAGACGAGCCACAGUCCCAGUUCAGCAGCAUCCCUGAGGCCUUUUGGUGGGCCGUGGUGUCCAUGACCACUGUAGGCUAUGGAGACAUGGUCCCAACAACCAUCGGGGGCAAGAUUGUGGGGUCUCUCUGUGCAAUAGCUGGUGUUCUGACUAUUGCCCUGCCCGUACCUGUCAUUGUGUCAAACUUCAACUACUUCUACCACAGGGAGACGGAGGGCGAGGAGCAGGCACAGUAUUUGAAUAGCCCAAGUGUGCCUAAAGCCAGCUCAGCUGACGAUCUGAAGAAGAGUGGUCGCAGUGGCAGUGGAUCCACUCUCAGCAAAUCUGAAUAUGUGGAGAUCCAGGAGGCUGUGAACCACAGCACUGAGGACUUCAGACCAGAGGGCAUGAAAACAGGAAAUUGCACCCUGGCCAACACUAACUAUGUGAACAUCACCAAGAUGCGUACAGAUGUAUAAUGUGAGCUACUGAAGAUGGUUUACUUCAGCUGGGGUCUACAGGGACUGUAACAGGAAAGGCUGUAUGAGUCCCUGUAUUGGCCAAUGUAUAGCGCCCAGUAUGGGAGUCCAGAGCGGUGAGAUUAUCUUGGUGAUAAGGUCAAACGAAAGACCUCUUAUUCUCCCAUUAUCCUAUGGACGUAUCGUCGCAUACCCUAGAACUACGAUGUGUCGUAUUAAGGACAUUGUCAGUGUCUGCAUGGAGUUAGUCUUAUCUAUAUGACAGUAGUCGUCCUGCUCGCCACAGUAGCCGAAUAGUAGCCUAACCAGUAAUAAUCAAUGUAAACAGUGUAAAGGGACCACGAGUUUCUACCUUCUUGCUCAAGCUGCCGCCGAGAGAUGACGCAACAUAACAAUAAUUUAGAUCAGCGUUACCUUAAUUUUUAAAUGUAACUUGUGAUUCGAAAGAGAAAAAAACAACAACAAAAAAAAACAGGCCAUACUAUCGGCCUACAUGAGCAACUGUAAUCUGCUGCUCUAACUGCCAAGGUCCCGACUCA